GGCGCGCGGGCCGUGAAUACGGGAUGAGGCCGCGGGCCUUGUCAUGCGGGCCCGGCGGGCGGCGGGGAGCGGCGCGCGGGCCGCAAGAUGGCGACUGCCAUGUACCUGGAGCACUACCUGGACAGUAUUGAGAAUCUGCCAUGCGAGCUGCAGAGGAAUUUCCAGCUGAUGCGGGAGCUGGAUCAGAGAACAGAAGACAAGAAAGCAGAGAUCGACAGCCUGGCAGCAGCAUACAUUGAGUCUGUGAAGAACAUGUUGCCUGAGGAGAGAGUGGAGCACCUGAGGAAGAUCCAGAGUGCCUACAGCAAGUGUAAAGAGUACAGUGAUGACAAAGUGCAGCUGGCCAUGCAGACCUAUGAGAUGGUGGAUAAGCACAUCCGCCGGCUGGAUGCAGACUUGGCACGGUUUGAAGCUGAUCUCAAAGAUAAACUGGAAGGCAGCAACUUUGAAACCCCUGGAUCCCGAAGCCUGAAAAAGGGACGAAGUCAGAAAGACAAAAGGAGCUCUCGUGGUCGAGGCAGGAGAACAUCUGAAGAAGAUACACCAAAGAAAAAGAAGCUCAAAGGAGGGUCUGAGUUUGCUGAUACCAUUCUGUCAGUGCAUCCCUCAGAUGUCCUGGAUAUGCCGGUGGAUCCCAAUGAGCCCACCUACUGCCUGUGUCACCAGGUGUCCUAUGGGGAGAUGAUUGGCUGUGACAACCCAGAUUGUCCAAUUGAGUGGUUCCACUUUGCGUGUGUGGACCUGACCACCAAACCAAAAGGGAAAUGGUUUUGUCCUCGUUGUGUUCAGGAAAGAAAGAAAAAGAAGUAAGGAGUAGAGAGGGAUACACUGCCUAGGCAAGAAGAAUUUAAUAUAUUCCUUCAUUCAUGUUGCAAUAUUUCCUUUGAUUAUUUUUUGUUAAUCUAUCCUCCAUCUUUUUCCGGUAUGAUAUUUAAUUAUCCAGUGGCCAGUUGAAAUUCCUGUUCUUUCCUAAGACUUUGGGAGGGAGUCCAAAAUCCCUUUGCCACGGAGAUUCUAUUGAUGUUAGUCUUGCACAAUGAUACUGAGGGAGGGUGUUGCCUUUUCUGGCUGUUUCCAUUUCCCUGCAGAUACUUUUAAGUACAUCACUGUGAAGAUGAAACCUACAGUAUUCUUGGAGAGAGAGAGAGAAGGUCAGAUUUAUUCACAAAAUAAGAUGAAGGCCUGAAUUGUUAGCUGUGAUUGCCUGUGUGGCACAUGGGUAAAUCAGGAAAUCGGGUUUUAGGGAAAGGCACCAUGAAGACACUGUUUGUUCCCAUGAUGGUGUGGCUCUGCUGUUGAAGAAGGCCAUUCAGAAAUGUUCUAAUGUAACUUCUUGUCUUUUUUUUUAAUGGGCCACAAAUUCUUGACUUCUCUAGCUGCCUUUCAGAUGAUGAAUGUGAAUCCUUGCAUUAGCACAGUGUCAGUGGCUGCAGCAGAAGGGAGAGAGGAAAUCAGGAGCUGGAAAGCAAAAGUCUGUUUUUUCCUUCUGGAGAGAUAACAGUGGAUGCAGAAGUUGAGGGAAGAGCAAAGUCUUGCCUUUGUAUCUGUCUUCUGCAUCAUAAAGCUUACCUGCCUUCAAGGAAAGAUGUAGUGGGGAAAGGUGUUCCAGGUUUCCAUCCUGCUGGUGGAAGAAGGAAAAAAAAGCCCCAAAGUCAUGAACUUUGCUGGCUCUGGUCCCUAGUGGGUGUUGGUGGCAGCUCUGUGCAGGGCUGUGUGCUGCUUUCCAAUACCAGUGUGCAGGAGCUCUUGGUACAGACUGCUGGAAAGGCAUAAAGAAACUCCCAGAUAAACUUUUCUUCUGCUGAAUAAACAGCACAGAAGAUUAAAAACACUUCUACUCAGAUUCUGGCACCUGCUUUCAAAAGAAAAAUGGCUUUUCCUGUUACACUGAGCCUCUUACUCAUGUUUUGCAAUGAAGGAAAAUAGAACACAGCUCCUGCCACCUCUCCUUCCCUUUGUGGGGCUUUGUGCCUGCUGCUGACACAGAAGAAACCUCUCAAUUGUGAUGCAGCUUUUCUGUGAACAUUGAUUUAUGGCAGGGAAAAAGGAUGGAUUUUAGGAAAAAAUCCCUGUAUUCAGGGUCCUGUAAUUUCCAGUGUGAUGUUGCAGGUGUCUUUACUUCAUUGCAUCACUGGGAGUUGAAGUUCCCAUAGUUCUGUGCAUGAAAAUGCACAUUUGUCAUUGCUGCCACAGAAUGGCACAUGGACAGCAGGCAGGGAUAUUAAAGCCAGAGUGCUGGAUGGAAGGAGGAGGAACAGCACACAAACCUGGAGUAGAGCAAACCCUCUUCUCUUCUUCUUCCUGCCUCUUCAUGAGAGCAAAUUUGUGAUACCUCAUGAGCCAGCCUGGCAUCCAGUCCCCAGAGGGUGGGAGCUGCUCCUCCUUCACCCACUGCACUGGUCUGAGCUGGAGCGUUGCUGUGUCCUGACAACCCAUGUUGAUGCUGUUCCAGGUUUUGUUUUCCCCUUCUACCCAAUGGUUUUGUAGACAACUUUUCUUCCUGUUGUUCCUAAGGCUUUGUUAGUACUGGUAUUUGAUUUGAAACAAUCUCAAAUUUCCACUCUGGUGAUCUUGCUGGAAACAUGCCUUGAGGGAAGAGAGCAGGUCUGGGUGAGCCAGUGUGGAGCUGACUUCCCUCAGCUCCAAAAUUCUGGUCAGGUAGGAUAACAAAACACACUUUUAGAAGUACUUUUGGGGCUUUGAAGAGCGUUUUCCACUUGAACCAGCAAAGCAAAAAGGAAAACAAGCUCUGGAAGGUCCUCAAAAGGAAGGAUAAUUUGCUAGGAAUGAUGAAUAGUGUGGGGUGCAACAGUCUCCUCUUCUUUACAACGUCUGUGAUGUGUACAGCAUCUGAGAUCUGAUACCAGCAAUAAACUCUCCCACUGGGAACAUGCCAGUUCAGGGCUUGGAUGGGCUCAGGAGCAUCUCCUGCCCUCUUACACCUGGUCAUAGAGACUUUUUACAAAUCUGUAGACAGAAAUACCAGCAGCCUUCAUUUUUGCAUACUAAAGGAUUUAAAUCUUCUGACUUUUGAAUGUACAGUGUUAAAUGUUUCCUGGAGAGGGGUGAUCCCUUAAGGAAUGCCCUACUAAACAUUGCCCAAAAGCCCUGCCAGGGGCCCAGCUUUACUGCAGCUCAUCCAAACUGGUGGUCGAAACCAACUUUCACCCUUUUACCGAAACAAGGGGGGGGGGGGGGGAAACAAAAUUAAGGAAUGUAAAGUUAAAAAAAAAAAUAUAUAAGAAAUGUAUAUCUGUAUUUUUGGAUCUUGGAGAUGUUGGAUUAUAUUAUAAAUAAAGUAUUUUUGGGAA